UCUUCUUCUUGAAUAUCUGCGUGGCGUCAACUGUCAUAAUCAAGUCUACCACGUGAAUAGGCCCCUUGGGUUCUUGAUACCAGGCCAGAUUAUCACACAGCCUGCUUCGUACCUAUCGUCCCUGCGAACCGAGACCGAAAACCAUGGAUCACUCCGAAGCUCAUGACUACACGACUCCGUCGGGAGACAGCUCUGUUUCUUACGAACGAAGCUCAGGUGACCGCAGUCCAGCUUCCAAAGGUGACAACGACCACUCUGAAGCGCGGAUGUUCAAGCUGGUCUUCGCAAUCGCGCUGGCCCUCAUGGUCCUCGGAGUGCUUGUCGUGGCCGGCCUCUUCGUCGUGCACGGAGUGCUGAACAUUCAAGGGUCCGAAUCAACCGAGCUGUUGGCCACAGCUAACUUGGAAAGUCUGGAGGACCGAGAUUGGGAUCCCGUAAUCCUCAGGCACUGGCGCACGACCGAGGCUACGCCAAAAGACACACCCGAGGGUGAUUCAUGGACCAUAUCCAAGGGCGACUCAUCGACCGAAUCCAAGGGUGACUCAUCGACCGAAUCCGAGGGUGACUCAUCGAGCACAUCCGAGGGUGACUCGUCGACCGAAUCCGAGGGUGACUCAUCGAGCACAUCCGAGGGUGACUCAUCUACCAUCUCGGAGCCUGCUAGUGAAGGGACUUGGCAUGGCCACUCUGACAUGGUCACGUCGCCACCUGACGAAAGAAAUCUUUCACGAUCUCUGAUAUGUACGUUUGGCACGAAGUUAAACUCCGCAACGGUUUUCCCACCUGACGGCCUAUGCAACUACAUAUUUUUCGAUUCCCUCUACAAGAACGGCACGAACAAGCUGGAUGGCGACAGCUCACCAAAUUUUAUAUACUUCAAGGAAAAAGCGAUGGAACACAAUGAAACAAAUUUCGGCGUUGGCCUGGACUUCGAGAGCUACGCGGACGUCGAAAAAUUUUUGAAUUCCGAUCACGCAAGCCCGAUUCUUCAGCAGCUGGUAAGAGGCGGCAUCCACCAUUACGGAGUGAUCAACACGCCCGUAACGCCGCUGUGGACCACAGAAGUGAAGCAAGUGCUGAAGAUGCUCAAGGCAUUCGACUCACUAAUGGAACACGAAGAAACGGAGAACAUGCCUUUAUACACGGCAUUCACAGCCUCGAUGUACACGGAAACGUUGUUUAACAACUUCACCACGCUAUUCAAGACGGUGUUCGCACCAGAUUUCCUGAUUCUUUACGGGCAUUUCUUCGCCGAAGACCAGUCAUGGCCUGACUGCCAGAUCGUUCCGCCCACGUUCGACACACCGCCGGAAUCCGGCGGGUAUAUUUUUUCGCUGAAAACGGCGCACAGCAACGCGAAGGAGCUUCAGCGCGUCGGCAUUCCGGCGCUGACCGUGGCCGUGUCCGUGGCCAUGUUCGGUCGCUGGUACAAGCCCCGACACGCGAAUGAGCCCGGCGCAGCGGGCGGGCCUGGCAGCUACAGCCUGUUCAGCAUGUGCGAGCCUACCGGAGACGACGAGCAGCUUGGCAGCGUCACACAGGCGUGCCGGCUGCCCAUGUGGUCCAGCAGGGUAUAUUCGACGGAGCACCAUUCUGAAUACUGCUACGACAUGAACAUGGAAAGGAUCUUCACAUUCGACACCGCAACGACAUUGCGCGAAAAGCUGUGCUUGCAGAAGGCGCGAGUCGGCUCGGUGAACUACGCCCUCGCCGCCUUCAAUCUCGAGUACGCCGAUGGCCGUGGCGAGUGCGGUGAGGGCGACUUCAGCGAGCUUCGCGCCCUCAGGCGGCUGGUGGACGAAAACUUCAGCGACGACGACUGCGCCGCCAUCCGGCAGCCGUCGGAGCAAACGGCCAGCGACGAUGUUGCUAGCACCAGCGCCAUGCUGCUGAGCACCUAGUUGCGGGGCCGCCGCACUGUCGAACAAUAAACGCUGCAGGCAGUGCCACA